AGCCCUGGUGGCACCUCAAGGCGCGUGGGUGUCUCUGGCAUGUUGACAAGACAGCCUCCUACCCUACCUAGCUGGAUCUGUGACUCCAGUUUUCACAGACCUGCUAGGGUGUGAGGUGUUCCUUCUCAGCCUCCAAAUCUGGGACUGCCAGGGGUUAUGGGGUUGGUCUAGAGACCUUGGGUCAGCCUGAGUGGCUGAUGCUUUCCUCUGUGAUGGGCCGGUGUUGGAGAAGCAGCAGGAGAUGACAGAGCAGGCUAGGGCUAGUCUUUCUUGAUUUCUCAGCCUGUUUCCCUGAGGGAAUACAGCUCAAGGAAGAAUGAGAAGUUGGCCGUGGGCAUGGCUGUCCCUUUCAUUAUAGUGUUGAGGUGGCUAGGGGCUUUUGCCCUGAUUCUCAGUUAAUGGAAAUGGCUUAGCACAUGCUCCAUCCCUUGCCCUCUUGGGUCUCUGGAAUGGGAGCCAGUUCUGGAAUCCACUCCAUGGAAGAGGUGGUUCCCAUCGUAGCCCAGCCCCUUCCUGGUCCAGGGCCUCAAAUACCUGAGUGCUUUGAAGUCAGAGCUAUUGCAGGUCUAAGACUGAGUUCAUCCUGAGCCACCUUAGGACCACAGUCUGGACUGAAUCAUACUGACUUCGGGACCUUUGAGUGUUUGACACCAUUUUAUUCACAGGCCAGGUAAGUCCAAGGUGUUUGGCUGGGUCGGAGGCUGCAUGGGAAUAGAAUCUUUCCAAUCUUGGAACAUCACUGCCCCCGUACACACUGGAGAAAUAUGGGAGUGUGUGGGAUGCAGGCCAAAUCUGGGUGCCAGAUUUAGUUGGUUACAGACAUGCUAUGACCUGGUAUGGGUUGGUGUUACUCUGGGACAUUCCUGUCUCCAGGUUUUCUGUUUUGCCAUGGGUUGGCCCUGGGCCCCUCUGACAGCAGUUUGGGCACUGGGGAUCAUGGGGGCCACAGCGCUGCGCAUUGGAGCCUUCAAUGUUCAGAGCUUUGGAGACAACAAGGUGUCAGAUCCAGCCUGUGGCAGUGUCAUAGCACAGAUCCUGGCUGGCUAUGACAUCGCCCUGGUGCAAGAGGUGCGAGACUCAGACCUAAGUGCAGUGUCCUUGCUCAUGGAGCAAAUUAACAGAGUGUCCAAGCACGAGUACAGCUUUGUGAGCAGCAAGCCACUUGGACGUGACCACUACAAGGAGAUGUAUCUGUUUGUCUAUAGGAAAGAUGCAGUGUCAGUGGUGAACACGUACCAGUAUCCAGACCCAGAGGACACUUUUAGUCGGGAGCCUUUUGUGGUCAAGUUCUUAGUUCCUAGCUGUGCCGCCAAGGAGCUAGUGCUGGUCCCCCUCCAUGCAGCGCCACACCAGGCAGUGGCAGAGAUUGACGCGCUCUACGAUGUGUACCUUGAUGUGAUCGACAAGUGGAACACCGAUGACAUGCUGUUUCUGGGUGACUUUAAUGCUGAUUGCAAGUAUGUGAAGGCGCAUGACUGGCCAUCAAUCCGCCUCCGCAGCAGUGAGGUGUUUAAGUGGCUCAUCCCAGACAGUGCGGACACCACAGUGGGCAACUCAGACUGUGCCUAUGACCGGAUUGUAGUGAGUGGCGCCCAUCUGCGCAGGAGCCUGAAGCCCCAUUCAGCCUCAGUUCACAACUUUCAGGAGGAGUUUGACCUAGAUCAGACCCAGGCUCUUGCCAUCAGUGACCACUUUCCUGUGGAAGUGACUAUCAAGCCUCACUGACAGCCAAGGCCUCAGGAUAUUCCACCUGCAGACAAGGAAUGGCACCACAGUGAAUCAUUCAGGGGGGCAGGCUGCCCACCCACUGAAGAUAGAUACAGGGUAGUACCAGCUGGUGUGGACAGUGGCUAGGAACACAGUACAGGAUUCCUUAGAGCUCCCAUCUCCUCAUCUGCAAGGUGAACUAACAUCACCUACCUCAUGGGGCUGCUGUGAGGAGAACCCAGGAAAGGCACCUGAACAGUGCUGAGCACAUAGCUGCAUGCUUAAUAAACAAGCCGCUCUCUGCCAGGACUACCCACAGGUCAGACGGGACCUCUGUGCUUUCUGAAACCUCUCUUCAUGCCCAGUAGGUCCAUUUUCCUUGUUCUCAGGGAAGUGGAUGGCUUAGCUUGUUCACUUCCCAGCCUGGAGAACACUGGCUCCUCCACACCAUGCCAGCUCCCUGUCCUUAUUUGCUUUGUGCAAACUUUGAAAGAUUGCAUGAACUAUCAUCACCCAGUGGCAGCUCAGGUGGAAAUGUCUUUCUGGACCCUGCUGGAUUUGAGAGCAGGCCCUGAUCAUCCUGUCCCCAGGGAUCCUAAGGCUUUGUGCUGAGGCAGAGUCUGCACUCUCAUGCAGCACUGCCGGAGGCAACAGAGGCUACACCUACCCCAUGAGUGAGCUCUUCUGGCACCUUCUGAAAAGGAACCUACAGCAAAGGCAACUGCUUGGCACUAAGUCCUGCCCAGCCUGCACUCUGCUCGGGUUGAGCCAUUCAGAGGUGCCUUAUGGAGUAUCUUCCUUAGCAUCUUGGGCUGGGCAAGGCCUUGGGAGGACAGAGAUUUUAUGCUCAGAUGGGCCAUCACUUUAGGAGCAGAAAAUAGCUCUGUAGACACAAGGCUGUCAUAAGGCUUCUGGUUGUUAAAAUUUGUCAUCUGUGUGUGUGUGUGUGUGUGUGUGCUACUAUGGAGGCCCAAGGUCAAUAAAACCUUUUUAGGGAGAUUGGAGAAAAGGCAUGAAUUACAUGGGGAAGAAACCUUGCAA